AUGGAACAAAUAGAUUCCAUUCCAGGAAAGUUAUUAUGUGCAAUCUAUAUGUUAUCUAAAAGUUAAUAAUUGAGUAUUAAACAAAAAAAUCAUUUGAAAGGUAAUGAUUAUGUUUAUUUUAUUUUAGAUCUAGUAAUAUAAUAAGAUCAAAGAAUGAUUGAUAUCAUCUAGGAAUAUCUCGAAAAUAAAAACAGCAAAUAGUUAUUUGGAUAGCUAUUGUAAAUAUCUAAUGAAGAAUCAUUUAUAUCUGAUGAUUGUGUCUCACAGACUAGUAAUUAUAAGUAUCGUCGUCCUUAAAUGAUUAUUUUACCAAACAAAAAGUUUGAAUUGAAUUUUAGAAAGUUUAGUCAAGGGUACAAGGUGAGCUCAGAAAAGUCAUUAAGUUAUAACAAAUAAAGACAUUAGAAUACACAUGAGAGUUGA